UCAAACCUUUCUAAGAAACGAGAGAUCUCUUGACCAUGAAGGCCAUCUCCGCGCUGAUCGUCGCCGCCGCAGUACUCGGGCUGUGCUCCGUCGCCCCCACCGCAGCAGCGCGCGUGGCGCCUCAGAUCGUCGGCGCGUGGAAGCCGAUCAAGGACGUGAGCGACCCCCACAUCCAGGAGCUCGGCGGCUGGGCGGUGUCGGAGCACGUCAAGCAGGCCAACGACGGGCUGCGCUUCGGCAAGGUGGUGAGCGGCGAGGAGAUGGUCGUGUCCGGGAUGAACUACAAGCUGGUCAUCGAGGCCACGGACGGCGCCGGGAAGAGCGCGACGUACGGGGCGGCGGUGUACGAGCAGGAGUGGACCAAGACGCGGCAGCUGCUGGCGUUCGAGCCGGCGAACUGAUAUGGCGGCGGCACGUCGUGUGGGCCGGUUCCUGGUUAAUUGCAUGGAUUUAGAUUAGGCUUAAUCUUAAUCAAGAGCUGCGAUCACCAGCGGUGUAAGAAAUGAAGUGCUGU